CCAACAUGGGUACGCGAUGGACGAUCGACGAUACGACGCGGUUAUUUCGGAUCACCAGUAUGCCGCUCCGCAGCAACAGAUGAAUGUGGUUCAAUGCCAGUCCAACUUCGACGCUGCGUGUCGGUCGGAACCAAAGCAAAAGCCGGAUCAACUUAAGAAAAAGUCAUCCAAUUUAUCCAUGAUAGCGAACGUUUGGGCCUUAUCCUGUGCCUUAGACUUGGGUUUACUUCGCGAAUCUUCCCUCAAGGAAGUCGUCAUCGCGAGUUGUUCUGAGUUGGACUUUCCGUCUACCACUGAGGACGCAGGGAAAUCUUCUGAUUUCGAAAAGAAUGAUCACGAAGAUGACGCUACCAAGUCCGCGAAUAUCUUCGGUAAUUCAUGGCCGUUUAUCGACCCGACACAAAUUAAGCAGAUCACUAGUACGAAACCCGCCCAAAGGAAGCGAAGGAGAAAAGUAAGAUUAUCAUUGAAACGGUAUAAGAAACCGAGGACCGUAUAUUCGAAAAUCAAUGAUGCAAUAGUGAAUCUUGCGAUCGAGAAUGAAACCUCACUGCCACUGCAAGGAUCCGAGCGAGAAAAUUUGAACGUAUCUCAUGAUCGGUCGGCAAGAUUAUCGGCGAGGAAGAACUCUUCGUCCACGCGAUCUCGCGCUCUCCGCAAUGAAGACGAGCGUUUGUCCGAAAGUUCCGAAUCGAGCGAAGACGAAGAAGAAGUAAUUAGUCAAACGAGCUCGGAGAUCGCUCCGGUUGAUUAUUCUGGCUCCGGAUACUCCAAAUUCUACUCGCAAAGUCAUGCGAAGGAAGACUCGCAAAAUCGGGAGGAGUUAUCCGAAUAUCCUGAUUAUUUCAUGAACGUCUUGCGAAUCGAUGAUAGCAUCGAGAAUAAUGAUCUCGAUACUUCGGAGGAUGUAAAGUCGAUUGCUGAUACUUCUAAGGAUGAUGACGAGCCUUUGCUCGUCAAGUUUGCGAAAUUUUCGGAACGACGUGCGACACGCAAGAGUCUUGAGAAUGAAAACGUUUCACGUAAAACCAGAGGAAUGUUAUUGAGAAAGAAGAAAUCCGAGUUGGAAAACGGUAGGGAUCAUUCUGUGAUGUCGAAGAGAAAGAGAAACAAAUCGAUGGAACAGAAAAGAAAUACUCGCAAUUCUGCGGCGCAUAAUAAUCAUAAUCGGCGGCGAAUUUCCCACAAUUCGGAGGAAAAUUCUUCAAAAAGUAAAUCGGAUUUAAGAGAUGACGUCACUACUAACACGCGUGAUAUCGCGGAAGAAAUUGUACAGAAAUGUUGCAACUGUAAAACGCGCCGACGGCGUUCUCGCAAUUUUACAAAUACUACCUGUCCGUGCAAGAGAAAUCCGAAGGAUACAGCCGCCGCAAUUAUGCGAGAUAUUCAAGAGUGUAUAAGCACGAAAAUUGAGGAAACGAUUUCCAAAAAUGGAAGAGAUAUGCUCGAGAAGUCGAAUCAUAAGGAUUCCAAUCAAGAUGUUUCCAUGGAAUACGAGUGGGUAGAUAAGAACGAAUUUAAAAAUCAGGAUUUAUCAUCUCAGAAAUUUGAACAAUCAACAAAUGUUGAGGAAUCAUUAAUAAAUGUUAAUCCGGUUGGCAGGCGGCGCAAGAAGAGAUACAGAUAUUCGAUUGAUUGUAAACAAGAUGAAAAUACGGAGACGGCUUAUCGAAGCGUCUUUCACGAUUGUGUCGAUUUUGAUACUCCGGGAUCAGCACCAUCCUUGAAAAUAAACAUGGAGGAGAUCUGGAAAUCGGAGGACAGCAGCGACAACGACGAUAGAAUCCACUCAUCUUGGCGUCGAUCGACCUUAGAAUCUUCAACUGAAGAAUGCGGUAACGAAGUUGUUGAUAGCGCGAUGCUAUUGGCUAUGAAGAUUGUUAGUGACGAUUCUAUAAAAGAUGAAAAAUGUGAUGACAAGGAUGAAACGUUGAAUAAUGCGUGUUUGAAGUAUCACGAAAAGUCAGAUACUUUCCUGACGAAAAUAAAUUCUUUUGAUGAUUCGAAUGAAGCUAUGGAGGACAUAAAAUUCAUGGGCCAACGUGACGAAGCUAUAAUCACAUAUACAAAUAAAAAUAGAACAAUUAGGAGAUCGGCUUCGGACGGUAAUUUUGCCAAAGAUGAGGAUGAUGAUUCCAAGGAUCAAGAUACAGCAAAAAACAUGAAAAUUAGUAGCAAAGUAAAUGUAAUGCGACAAUGCUCACGUAACAAAGGUAACAAUUUGAAGCAUGAUAAUGAUAAAAAAAGCGAAAGUGGUCCGCGUAGAGUUACCAGGGCUCUAGUAAAGACUAAAAAUAUUAACGAGAAUCAUCCCGGUAAACUAGUAUGGGGAUUCUUUUCAGGAUGGUGGCCAGCACUAAUCGUCGAUGCCGAACAUGUAGGAAUGGCUCCUGAACCUGACAAGUUAUGGGUUUUUUGGAUCGGAGAAUCGCAAAUAUCGUUGCUUAAACCAGAAACACAGAUACAACCUUUCUCGAGGAACUUGGAGGAGCGAUUGUCGCAACCGUCUCGUAAAAAUAUUCGUUCGCGUGCCAUUGACGCGACUAUACAGAUACUACGCCAACGUUUCAACUGUACUCUGACAAAGCCUUAUUAUUAUUGGAUACGACGAAACAUAGCUAAUUUGGAGACACUGGAUGAUCUAACGUUUCAUCCGUACCCGGAAAACAUACAAGAAAAAUUAGAUGGCCUGAAGGAAAAAAAUUCCAAAGCUACUAAGAAAUUUAUGUCACGUCGGAAAAGUUCACCAGAGCCGCCACCAAAAAAGCAGAAUACGGAAAAAAAUAAAAAUGUAAAUACAAGCUGGGAACAAAUCGAUGAUGAGCGCUUAUGUUUACAAAGCCAACAGCCUGGUGUGAUAGCCUGGGCAAAAAUCCCUGGACAUUGCUGGUGGCCCGCAAUGAUUAUUGAUUAUCGCGACUGCUGUUUAAAAGAACCGAGUUUUGGUUGUCAAUGGAUUAUGUGGUAUGGGGAUUAUCAAGUUUCGGAGGUGCGUCAUCUCGAAUUUUUGAAAUUUCAUAAAGGAAUAGAAAAGAUGCGAGAGUACAUUCAGAAUACAAACAGACUACCAUAUCUUGAAGGCGUACUUCAAGCCUCUAAGGAUUAUUGCUCACGAUUAGGAUGCGACACGGAUAACUGGACUUUAGAUAAUGUCUUUGAAUAUUUUUCAAAUAAUAUUCACAUACCGUCUAACCAAUUACAAGUUUCAGACUCUAACAGAAUAUAUGAUAAAUAUUCCAAGGAGAUGGUAAAAAAAAUCAACGAAUUCAAAUUCAAGUCGGAUAUAGGUGCUGAACGAAAGCGUGACAUAAAAGCGAGUAAUGAUUUUCGUCGCAUAGUAUCAGGAGACUGUGAUUUGGAAAAUUUAUGCUUAAAAUGUUUGAAAGUUCCUAAAGGCAAAAAGGAGGAGCAUCCGUUCUUUGUAGGAUCCUUAUGUAAAGAAUGCUCGGAUGAAUUUAAACCGUGUAUGUUUGUGCAUGGGAACGAUGGCAAGUGCUUUUAUUGUACAAUUUGUGCCAACACCGGAACUGUUCUUAUUUGUGAUUCAGAAGAUUGUCCACGUGUUUAUUGUACAGCUUGUUUGAAAUUUUUGAUAUGUCCAAAAUCAUUUGAUGACAUGUUGUUGGAAGAUCCAUGGGAAUGUUUUCUCUGCAGAGACAAAACUAAACAGCCCAAAGAUUUGAUAUUGCGUCCACGGUUAAAUUGGAAAGAGCAUUUUACAAAAAUGUUCCGUACAACUCCUAAUUUCACAAAUGAUGUAGAUAUUGCAAAUUUGAAAAAACAGAAUAAAGCUGUACGUGUGUUGUCUCUUUUUGAUGGCUUGAGCACUGGUUUUUUGGUGCUUCAAAAAUUGGGGCUCGUUGUGGAAGUUUAUUACGCUAGUGAAAUUGAUGUAAAUGCCUUAACGAUUAGUUCUGCUCAUUUUGGUGAUCGUAUUACUUAUCUAGGAGAUGUAAGAGGUAUAACAAAGGAAAAAAUUCAAGAAAUUGCGCCGAUUGAUUUACUAAUUGGUGGGUCACCAUGCAACGAUUUAAGUCUGGUCAAUCCGGCACGAUUAGGUCUCCACGAUCCAAAGGGGACAGGCAUUCUCUUUUUCGAGUACUGCCGAAUUAAAAAACUAGUAGAAAAAGCUAACAAAGGUCGACAUAUGUUUUGGUUAUUUGAGAAUGUCGCUUCUAUGCCAACCGAGUAUAGAUUAGAAAUUAACAAAAAUUUAGGACGAGAACCUGAUGUCAUAGAUUCGGCGGAUUUUUCACCUCAACAUAGAUUGAGACUUUACUGGCAUAAUCUUCCCUUUAAUCCAUAUAUGCCGCUAUUUGAAAGCCGACAAGAUGUUCAGGAUAAGCUUACUCCAAAUUUGAACCGAAAGGCUCUUUGCAAGAAACUUCAUACAGUUACGGGUAGAACGGGUUCUUUAUUACAAGGAAAAGCAGAAUUAAAACCAAUUAUAAUGAAAGGCAAAACUGAUACGAUAUGGAUUACUGAACUCGAAGAAAUUUUUGGCUUCCCACGACAUUAUACGGACGUGAAGAAUUUAUCAGCCACAAAUCGACAGAAAAUACUCGGAAAGUCUUGGAGCGUACAAACACUUAUUGCCAUAUUACGACCUUUAUGCUUAUAUUUUAAGUGCAAUGAAGAUGAGACAAGCAAAAAGUCUGUUUUUUAAAGAAAAUAAUUGAAUUACCUCCGUAUU